AUGGAAAAUGUACAAUUAGGAAAUACGGAUUUACAGAUAGCACCAAUUAUUUUCGGAGGAAAUGUUUUUGGUUGGACAUUAAAUGAAGAAGAAUCAUUUAGAAUUUUAGAUAUUUUUAUUGAUAGAGGUUUCAAUACAAUUGAUACGUCAAAUAAUUAUUCUCAUUGGGUUUCUGGAAAUGUAGGAACUGAGUCAGAAAAAAUUAUUGGAAAAUGGUUAAAAGAAAGAAAUUUAAGAGAUAAAAUAGUUCUAGCAACAAAAGUAGGAGAAUAUAAUUUAUAUGAUAGACAGCAUUUUGAAGAAUUUUUACGUCCAGUAGCAGAAAAAUAUAAUUUAGCUGUAAUUCCAUAUUAUAGUUUAGCAAGUGGAUUUUUAUCUGGAAAAUAUAAAUCAGAAGAAGAUUUAGAGAAUAGUGCAAGAAAAGAUAAAUACAAUGUUUCUUAUUCUGCUAUUUCAUUAGCUUGGUUAUUAAAGCAACAAACAGUAGUAGCACCAAUUGCAAGUGCAACAAAAGAAAAUCAUAUUGAUUCUUUUAUUGAUGCUGUUCAAUUAAAUUUAUCAGAAGAAGAUUUAGCAAUUUUAAACGAAGCUAGUACUUAUUAA